UAUAAAACGGAUCAUCUAACCAGUGGUAAGUAUCAGUCCUUCGUCUGUGUCCAGUUGCAAUCAUUCAACGUAGAAAAUCAACUCACAAACAAUAUCACCAUGCAAUUCCAAGUGACUUUCGCAGUGCUCGCCGCAGUCAUGUGCUUCGCCGCCGCCGCCCCCGCAACCGAAGAAGUCAAAUCGUCGUCACCUUCGUCUGCCGUUUCAGGCACCGAUCGUAGCAAACGGUUCGUGGCCAUCGCUGCACCGUACGCCGCUGCACCUUACGUGGCUGCCGCACCGUACGCCGCCGCACCUUACGUGGCCGCUUCACCGUACUCCGCUGCACCUUACGUGGCCGCCCCAUACGCCGCCGCGCCUUACGCAAUUGCUUCUCCACACGCCGCCCCAUACGUCUCAUCGUACACCACUUACCCAUACGUUGCCAAGACCCUGGCUUCCCCGUACACUUACUACCCAUGAACGGACGCUUUCACUCGUCACUACUCUCAGCCAUAUUCGGAAAGAAGUGCGACGUGAUGGUUUGUGCUGUCCCGAGUUGCUUCUCGACGAAAUAAUUUUACAAAAAUAUGAAAUCGCCUAACCCUGAUUGGAAUGUAUUCAAA